AUCGUAGAUAUCUGGCGGGAGUGAAAAGGGUGCACGCUGUGGGCAAUCUUGCUAUCUUCCUAUCUUUAUCUUGAUCUUCUUAUCGCGUUCCGUGUUUUGCUUCGGGAGACCUCGCUAUCCUGCUUCUUUCUAUCUCGUUCCGGGUUUUCGCUCUGAUUAACGGGGUCGCCGGUGUUUCCGGGCGGUAUGUUCCUUACGAGCGGCCCUACGGGGGACAAUACAGGAAACAUGAACAAUGGGCAGAUGUCGACGAAUAACGAGGUCUCGAACGUGGGCACGGGUCAGAACGCGGGCAAUUGGAAUGGUUACCAAGGGGGAGGUGGGAGAGCGGGGAUGGGAGGGAACGGGAACGUUUGCUAUAACUGUGGGAAACCCGGGCACAUUGCCCGAGAUUGCUGGUCACGUCAAGGACGUGGAGACACUAACACGCACGGUGAUCCGGAGCUGGAAGAAAUUAAGGAACACUUCCGUUUAAUGCGUAAGGAAAGACUAGAGUCAGAGGAGAAACGAAGACUAGAGGAGGAGAGAAAAGCCAAGGAGGAGGAGGAACUAAGGAGAAACUUGGACUUCGCCCGAAAGGCGGAAGAAUUCAAGUUACAACUGCGUGUCGAGCUCUUGGAAGAAUGGAGAAGGAACAACCAGGAGGCAGAGAAGGCGAGUGGAUCUCUGAAAAAAUCCCCGAAGGAGAAAAGGGGAAUGGUCCAGAAAACAAGCAAGAGCCGCAGAAGGGGGAGGGCAAAGAAGAAGAGGACGGAUAAAUCCAGCGACGAGACGGACACCGAGGAUCCGACAGAGGAAGACUCUUCGGACAUCGCGACUAUUAUGGACUCUGAAGACUCUCCGGUGAUGCGGACUCCAAGGGGGAAGAAGAAGAAAGCUUACUCAAGGAGCAGAUACAAGAAGAACACGGCGGACACGGCGAACAAGGCAGCGGAGAACACACUGCUCAGAACAUUCGAGCGAGGUGAAUGCUCCAGGCUAGGGAGGACGGAUCCGGGCGAUACAGGAAGGCAUCACGCGACUAACAACGGCGAGUUCCAGAUGGCGGAGGAAGAGGGACGAGGUGAGCCAAAGACACCGUUGACCGGGGGCUACAAAGGUAUAGCUGCGGGAUGCUCACAAAAGGGCCUUAUUGACUAUUGUAUCUCGGCUCAUAAGAUCUACUCGGCUAAGAAAGCUGACGUACUCAGGCGUAUCUGCGAUCAGAAAGGAAUUAAGUACACUACGAAACCGGAGGCGGUAGAGAUCUUGGCAAGACACCAGGUGCAGUUGGCCUACGACGGGUUUGAAGAAACCUCGGUGGUACCGAAAGACGGGGAAAAAACGAAAGCUUUGGGUUUGCCCCGGAAGACGUACAUGAAGGAGAAGGAGGCUGGUGGAAGGCCUACUCCAAGGACAGCUCCCGUGAUCAUAAAAAGUUUCAAUCUAUCGAAGCGGGAGGGAUAUGUACUGACGAGAUUCUCGGAGCUUGCCGUUCCCCACUUCCUGAGAAAUUCGAAGAAUAUCUCGAGACCGGCAAGAGCUUGUGAAGUGAGCACGAUCAGACGAGCGAUCUGCGAAGCGACGAUGCAUUUGAAAGGCAACUCGGUUGUUUCCAUUACUCCAGAAGCCGUGUUCACCAACCGGGAAAUCAACUUCGCGGCUUGGUCGGACGAGCAGAUUAAAGACUGGGGUUCCCGUUUUGAGGGGCUGGUUCUCACUCCCGAAGAUCGGAAACAGGGGGACACUGCAGUGUUCUGUCCAGUCCUGUACAGGCACGGCUUCGGGAAGACGUUCGCUUGGAAUUCCAACUACGUAACUAUUGGGAGCAUCGAUGACGAGGUGUCUAUCCUGAAGAAGGCUAGGGAAUACUUUCUCAUGCGAGGUUUGGAUUCGAUCGGUAAAUGGAAGCCAGACGGUCGACUGGGUACAGCGUACGUGAUACUGAAACAGAAGGACUUGGCUCGCUGGAGACCCAUAGCACCGGCUCCGGCAGAUCAUGUCGGACUGGCUACGAGGAGAACAGCGAGGGCACUGCACUGCUUACCGACGCGCCUACCCGCGAACAACACCUUCCUCAACUCGGUCGGCGAGCUAGCGGAACGCCUCAAAGCAACCACGCAGAGAUUGAGAGCAGCUGGUUGUAUCCAAGCAGUCGGAAGGUGCUACGACAUAAAGGAAAUGUUCUCGAGGAUCCCCCACGGCUCGAUAAUCCAAGCGGUGCAUCAGUUGCUGAGAAGAUACGAGAAUGACGGGUGGAAGCAAGUGGACCACGUCGUGUGGACUUCGGUCACUCCUGGCCAGAUGCUGUCGGGCAAUGCUCGUGGGUCGAGAAGACUGCGGUGCAAACUCUGCAACAAGGAGUACUCCGGGAAUCGGAAGCGUGCGUGGGAGCAUUUCAUUCUGGCGAGGGCGUAUGCCAGGUGUCCACAUUCAAACCUGUCGAUUUGGAGGAGGCUGCAUGGCAUCGGUGUACAGCUGCCAACGGACCUGCAUGAGAUGGUGCAGCGCAUGUUGGAGAUGGAGAAGAGCGACGAGGAGGACACUCCUGUUGCGGGUGGAGGAGAAGGGGGCAAAGGCGGGAUUGCUGAGGAUCCCAGGGAGGCACCUGGUGGGGACACCGGGGAGGUUGACAUCGCUGAGGAUGAGGGGACGAGGGGUGGGGCGCGCACACAUGGCCCGGUGAAGCAGAUGAGCAUCAGGAGGUUUGCGAAGAACCCGAGGCAGGAGGACAUAAAUGACUCCUGCUGCGAGUUCGUCGUGGAGAACACGAUCCCGUUCAACACCGCCAGAAGCAGGAGCUUCAAGAAGUUCAUGCUGACGUGUAUUGGGCCACAGCUUGUGGGGAGUCACCCUCUCGUGCCCACUAGGUACAACCCCCUCAGGUGUCGCGUGCUUGAUCGUUUGAACAAGAGGUUGGUGGAUGAGAAGCAGGCGGUCCGUGACGACUGGCAGGUGACUGGAUGCACGUUCAUAACUGAUGGCGCCACAAACAUUUGUGGGCGAUCACUUAUGAAUUACAUCCUUGCAGGCCGGUCGAAGCCUGUUUUCGUGAAGUGCGAGGAUGUGAGCGAGGGAGACAAGGACUCUGCAGUUGUCGUUGCCGGGUGGAAGCGGUUCUUCAGGGAGUGGGGGGUGGAGAAGAUCACGGCGAUAUGCACUGACUCUUUCGUCGGGAAUUUGAGUGCCGCGAGGAUGUUGAGGGAGGACCCCGAGUUCAGGCAGAUCUAUUGGAUCCCUUGCACAACUCAUUGCAUGGACCUCCUCAUGCACGAUAUAGGCAAGAAGGAGUGGGCGGAUGUCAUCAUCACCAAGGCCAACAAAGUAGUGAACUUCUUCCGGGUUCACAGGUUCGGGACGAACUACGUGAUGCUGCAGCGACUUGAGGUGUGCGAGAGGGCCAUUGUGCGAGUCGUCACCGGACACGGAUGGGAGACCAUGCUGUGGCGAGGGGAUAUCAGGGCGAAAGCCGACUUUGUGGAGGAUACAGUUCUUGACAAAGCAUUCUGGGCUGAUGUCAAGAAGCUGACUGCCGUCAUGAAGGGGCCUUAUAAUGUGUUGCAAGAGGUGGACAAAGAUGUCCAUUGCUUGUCACGCAUCUAUGAUAUGGCGUGUCGUUUCGAGAGCGUCAUGGAGCGGCUCAUCGGGCGCGGCCAAAGGGGCAGCAGGAGCAGGUUGAGGAGCAGCAGGGGUGGCCCAAGCCGCGAGAGCUGCACGACGAGGAUAAGCAGCCUGCAGAGGAGCAGCAGCAAGAGCAGCAGUAAGGGGAUGAGGAGCAGCAACAGCAUGAGAGGGAGAAGGAGCAGCAGCAACAUGAGAGGGAUGAGGAGCCGCAUCAACAGAGGGAGAAGGAGCAGCCGCACCAUGAGAGGGAUGAGGAGCAACAGCAGCAGAGGGAGAAGGAGCGGCAGCAGCAGAGGGAGAAGGGAGCAGCAAAGGGUGGAUCCCGCAGACCACCGGAAGACCGCAGUGUAGUCGGCCAGAGAUGUGCACGAGGAGGGUGAGGCAGAGGGCGAGCAGGGUCGCAGCGAGGUGUGAGGAUUUUACGGUUCUAGUCAGCAGUCGCCUCUCCUUGGGCGGCAUGGAGCGCAUCCCGGUCGU